CUCUCACCGCGUCUCUCUCUCUCUCUGCAAACAAAUCUUCGUCGGUAGUCCGCAAAGCUCUUACACUAUCACCCCACCCCCACCCCACCCCCCACCGCAACCCCCACGCACACAUUCUCUCCCUCAUAUAUUACGACUAAUUUCUGCUCCUUCACUGACUCUCUGCAUACUGUAAAUCUCCAUUUCCACCUCUCUCUCUCUCUCUCAGUCUGAUUCUCCACCAUAAUCUCAAAUUCUGAUCUUUUUCAUGAGUUUUCUGUUAAUUUAGAUCCCGCUGCAUUCAGCUAAUGCUGCUCGGAUCCAACCGUUUCGUCUCUCUCCAUCAAAUUCAAACCCCUUUUCAACCCUAAUUGAUCCAAUCAAAACCCCACUCCUGCAAAUCCAUUCUUAAAUUAUAGACUUCAAUUUGAUUUGAUUAUCUUUUCCAUCCGAUCAGAAGAUGUCCGCGAUGAAAUCCUCGGGCCGAUUCUUCACGAUCGGGCUGGUCACGUCGUGGUACUCGUCCAACAUUGGGGUUUUGCUGUUGAACAAGUACCUGUUGAGCAAUUACGGGUUCAAGUACCCGAUUUUCUUGACCAUGUGCCACAUGACGGCGUGCGCACUGCUCAGCUACAUCGCCAUUGCGUGGAUGAAGAUCGUGCCGAUGCAGACCAUAAGAUCUAGGGUUCAGUUCAUGAAGAUCUCCGCUCUCAGCUUGAUUUUCUGCACCUCCGUUGUCAGCGGCAACAUUUCGCUCAAGUACUUGCCCGUCAGCUUCAACCAGGCUAUCGGCGCCACCACGCCCUUCUUCACCGCCGUCUUCGCUUACAUGAUGACUUUCAAGAGAGAGGCGUGGUUGACUUACGUGACUUUGAUUCCCGUGGUCACCGGAGUCAUCAUCGCCAGUGGGGGUGAACCGAGUUUCCAUUUGUUCGGUUUUCUCAUGUGUAUUGGAGCAACAGCUGCAAGAGCACUUAAAUCAGUGGUUCAGGGAAUUUUGCUUUCUUCUGAAGGGGAAAAAUUGAAUUCCAUGAACCUGCUGCUGUACAUGGCUCCUAUAGCUGUUGUGUUACUACUUCCUGCUACACUUUUUAUGGAGGAGAAUGUCGUUGGUAUUACAUUAGCAUUAGCUAGAGAAGAUAUCAAAAUUAUUUGGUUGCUGUUGUUCAACUCUGCACUGGCAUAUUUUGUAAAUUUGACCAACUUUCUGGUCACAAAACACACCAGUGCUCUAACUCUUCAGGUGCUUGGAAAUGCAAAAGGGGCAGUAGCAGUGGUAGUCUCGAUAUUGAUCUUCAAGAAUCCCGUCUCUAUAACGGGGAUGCUUGGAUACUCCCUUACCGUCCUUGGUGUUGUCCUCUAUAGCGAAGCCAAGAAGCGUAGCAAAUGAAAGUGCUACCAUCAACAAAGACGUCAUCCAUCUGUUUUGUAAUUUGACAGAGCUUGGCUGCGGAAAGACGUAUUUUUGCCCAAAAAGCCGAGGGAGAAAGAGAGAGGGUUCGACAUGUACCAGCAAUCUGAUUAGUGGAGUAGAAGUUUGAAUAAGUGACUCGAAUGUCUUAAUUCUUCCCAAUCUUGGCUUCUCAAAGUAAGCUCACUUUUACCUUAUUCUUUUGGGAAAGAUUGGAUCCAUUUACAUAGCCUGUGAUUAUAAUUUUUUUUCCAAUGCCAAUUAACAAUAGACAAACACAGAGUUUAUCAAUUUGUUGCCAUCCUUCAUCAAGUGAUAUAAGAAAAGAAUGUUAGCAGUAUUUGUUCUCGUGUAUCUUUCUGUGAUUUGAAACGAUGUCGUUCUGUCACUAGCGAUUCUAACUUUCUAUCCGAGUAGGCCGUUUUGGCGAUUUUCACUCAA